AUGGGUCGAUCAGGAGAGGCUGUCAUGGACACCUACAGGCAGCUCGUCAAGGAGGACGACCAUGCACGACUGCAACUCGACCCGCCCAAGCAGCCGGUCGCCAUACGCAAAGAGUUCAUUGCCCGCUCCGCAACCACGAUCACCAUCAAGCAACUCGAUCACACGUGGUAUGGCCUCGACUUCACCGUGACCAAGGCGGACGGAUCGCCUCUCUUCACCGUCGACGGCAAGCCCGGGACCAUGAGCCAGCGGCGACAGUUCAAAGACAACACUGGCCUCCCGCUCUUCGACCUGUGCCGGAAAUGGCUCUCGAAAAACGCGUGGUUCCUCGAGCUCCCCGGCGGUGGUGGCAGCCGCCUUUUGACGGGCGUUUUCAAGUCCACGCUCGGGCUGCCCAAGUUCGAUAUCGUCUUGAAGAACGCCGUCGUGCCCAAAAAGGCCGACGAGGGCGAAGACGUCACCAUUGAAGUCCGCGGGAAGGACUCCAAUUACAUUACCACGCAUAUCACGAUUGACGGAUGCAAGGUGGCUCAGGUCCGCCGAAUCCCCGUUCCCAAGGAACAGCUGUAUGUUUACAGUGUUAAGGGAAACCGGCCCAAGUGGGAGGUUGAUGUGGCCGAAGGAAUGGACUUGUCGCUGAUAAAUAGGCAUGUACUGUACAUACAUACUCUCUUCCCCAUGCUGCACACGAAAACUGAGGUAGAUACAUUGGGCAAGACUUCUUUCUUUCUUUCAGAAGAUGAGUUUCUAUAUGACUUCUCAGACGAUGGGUAG